CACAAAAAAACUUGUGUUUUUUAUUUCAUUUUAGAUUUGGUUAACACGCCCCAAUAAUCUUUUGUUCGUCGACAGACAGAAUGCGGACGAAUUGUGCCAUGCCGGAGGAAAACGUGUCUGCGUCGGAAUCGGCGCCGGGAUCACCGGAUGAAAAGAUCAAAUUGUUAUGUAGCCACGGAGGGAGGAUUCUCCCACGCCCGUCGGACGGCCAACUCAAGUACGUCGGCGGUGAGACAAGAGUUAUCUCCAUCGCUCGAGGCAUCAAGCUUGACGAACUGAUGAAGAAGCUGAGAUACCAACAAAUAGAGGGGGAGGACAUGGUUCUCAAGUAUCAGAUUGUCCCAGAGGAUCUAGACGCCUUAGUGUCUGUAAAAACCGACGAAGAUGUGGGGUACAUGAUAGAGGAGUGUGAACGGCAUAGGACCGUUGGGGGAUCCACAAGACUCCGAGCCUUCCUUUUCCCAUCAAAGCCAGUUGUGGUGCUAGAACAAUCCCCCUUCAGAAUCAUCUCACAGGAGGCAGCCAUAGAACAACUCUACAUUGAUGCCAUCAACGGCAUAAUCCACCGCAACAAUAUGGUGGAGGGGUCAAAGUCAUCCGAGGAGUCAGGAAAACCCAAUCUUGCCUUGAAUAGUCCACAGGUUUUCAGCAUUUCCUCUGCUUGUACCUCCCCGAAAUCACCUGAUGAUGAUAUUGUCAGCAGCAGUCAUAGUAAUAAUAUGAUGCUAAAUAUGGGCGGUUUCUUGAAUGGCGGUGGGGGUGGUAUGCAUAAAGUUCAGAGCAUGCCUAGUUUUGGUAGCAGCAACUUGAGUGGUGGUGGUCAUCAUCAUCACCAGCAAAGUGGUCAUUAUACGCCUCCGUUAAACGAGUCUCCGCGAUCUCCUCAUUACCAACAACGCAGCAUCAUGCACCACAAUAAUCAUUUUCAUGGAUAUCAGUUUGGCAGGCCAAUGGUGGAUCCUUACAGAGGGCCAAAGCCCAACAUGAUGGGCUCAGUUAGGUCACCCGGCAGUCCUCAACACAGAAACCACUACUGCUACCCAACGAGGCAGAGGCAAGGAGGCAGGAUGAUAGGGUUGAGUUGUAACAAAUGCAUUAUGAUGCCUGAUGAUUGUUAUUAUGAGAGAAGAGCAGUCAGAAGUGCGUCCCCAAGUCCUAUGCCCCUCAGUCCCCGAUAUGGCGGCGGUCAUACAAUGGCAUAAGCAGACUGAGACUACUUUCAACUACCACAUGGGGGUUGGUUCACGCCUAUACCCCACUCUCUUAAUCGGCUCUUCCCAUAUCAACCUCAUCUUUGAUGCAUCAUCAUUAUGAGGAUAUCUGGAGUUGAUAUCAAUUGUAAUAUUCUUCAUCUUGUCUCAGUAGGUGUGGUUGUAUAAGUAGCCUUAGGAAGUAAGUGUAACUUGUUGACAUUGUAUAAAUAGAACAGCAGGCAGUUACACAUCAAUAUAUAUUUUUGUUUAAUAGUGUUUGUUACUUUUUUGUUCUUCAAAUCUAGGCAUAUAAAAUAUUUUGUUGUACUA